UUUAAUUUUCUUGUAAUGUUUGGUGAAAUGCGUGUGCCGCUUCCACUUUCCCUCUCUACAAAGCAACAAUGCCUCACUCUUCUCUCACUCUGUUCUUCCAUCACCCAACUCCACCAAAUCCAAGCUCAAACCCACAUCAAUGGCCUCUUCCAAGACCCUUAUGUCCUCUCCCAACUCAUCUACUUAUCUUCCCUCUCCUCCUUCGCCAACCUCACCCACGCAAAAACCAUUCUUUUUCAUUCCCCCACCACCUCAUCACCCAUUUCAUGGAACAUCCUCAUCAGAGCAUACGCAACUACUGAUUCUCCGCUUCAAUCCAUCUGGGUAUUCCGCACAUUCCGAAAAUUGGGUGUGAAGCCCAAUAAACUCACUUAUCCUUUUCUGUUCAAGUGUUGUGCUAUGGCUUCUGCGCUUUCUGAGGGAAAACAGCUGCAUGCUGAUGUUAUCAAGUUUGGUCUUGAUUCUGAUGUGUACGUUGGGAAUAACAUGGUUAACUUAUAUGGGUUCUGUAAAAAGGUUAAGGAUGCAAGGAAGGUGUUUGAGGAAAUGCCGAACAGAACUGUUGUGUCUUGGAACUCAAUUAUGACUGCUUGUGUUGAGAAUCAUUGGUUGGGAGAUGGGAUUCGGUACUUUUUUAGGAUGCGGGGUUGCGAGUUCGAGCCGGAUCAUACUACUAUGGUGCUGAUGCUUUCUGUUUGUGCUGAGUUGGGUUACUUGAGUCUUGGAAGAUGGGUGCAUUCCCAAUUGAUUUUGAGAGGAAUGGUUUUGAGUUGUCAGUUAGGUACUGCUCUUGUUGAUAUGUAUGCAAAAUCAGGGAAUUUGGGUUGUGCUAGGCUUGUUUUUGAGAGAAUGGAGGAGAGGAAUGUGUGGACAUGGAGUGCAAUGAUUUUGGGAUUAGCCCAACAUGGGUUUGCAGAGGAAGCGCUUGCAUUGUUUGCUGAAAUGUGUGAAAAUCAUAGCAUAUGCCCCAAUUAUGUGACCUAUCUUGGGGUUCUAUGUGCUUGCAGCCAUGCCGGGAUGGUGAAUGAGGGUUACAAGUACCUUCGUGAAAUGGAAUAUGUCCAUGGGAUCAAGCCCAUGAUGGUACAUUUUGGAGCAAUGGUUGAUGUUUUAGGUCGUGCCGGCCUUCUUAAAGAUGCUUACGACUUUAUACAGAGGAUGCCUAUUGAGCCUGAUCCGAUUGUGUGGCGCACGCUGCUUAGCGCGUGCAAUGUUCAUGAUGCUCAGGACCAUGCAGGGAUAGGGGAUAAAGUGAGGAAGAGGCUGCUUCAGAUGGAGCCAAGGAGGGGAGGGAAUUUGGUUAUUGUUGCUAACAUGUAUGCUGAAUCAGGGAUGUGGGAGAAAGCGGCAAAAGUUAGGAGAGACAUGAGAGAUGGAGGUAUGAAGAAGAUGGCUGGAGAGAGUUGUGUUGAUUUAGGGGGUUCCAUGUUUAAAUUCUAUGCAGGUUAUGAUUCUAGCCAAGACUUGAUGCAUGUUUAUCAUUUGCUUGAUGGAUUGAACAUGCACUUGAAGAUGGUUGAUAGUUAAUAGUUAACUAGUGUUAGAAAUUGCUCUUGAAGAAUUGUUGACAAUUUUGUAAGUCAACAUUUUCACCAUUCAUUUGUAUAUAUUAUUUUUAGGAUGCUGCCCACACAUCUUUUAUGUAUCUUUGUUAUCACUCUAUAAAU